AACCCCUGUUGGUUUUGCUUCCGAAUAAACCUUUGCGGGCACACCUUGGCAUACGACUUGUACGGGGUUUCUGGCCGCGCCAUCGUUCAAAGAGACGAGUAAAUCUGCAGGGCUGACGGUCGCAACAAUCGAUUUAAGGAGGGGAGAACGGGAGUGAGCGGUCUGCGAAGAUAAUCCAUGUCGUCUUUCUCCUCUUCAAGGGAAAGUUAUGGGUUAAUUAUUGUCAAGAUCGUCUAUCUCCUCUCUACUCUUAGCGAAGAUAGAUAUGGAAGCAAUCAGGCUGAAAUACGAUCACUUUGCGAGCAGCAUGGGGUAGAGGCAUAUCUCUAUUUCAUUCGACGACUUAUAGUAGCGUCAGCCUCUCGACUUCAGUCAUCCUCCAGCAGUACCUCACAGCAAUAUGACACUUCAUCCGCACUCACAUUCCGUCUCCUCGUUCAAGAAACCCAGAGGCUAGCAAGGGACCCAUUCCUUGCGGACUGUUUCCAUGAUGCAGUGAACACUGGCGAAGGGGAUAUUUUUCGGCAUUUUGACCUGGCGCGUUUCGUAGAGCGGGUAGAACUUAAGCCACUUGAGCAGCUCAUCUUGGCGAGUUCCGUCGUGAGCGGCAGCAAUCGUCGAGAACUUACUGCCCAAGCUGCCCUGAUGGUUCGUGUUAACCUCGAAGAUGCUGCUCGGGCAUUGGUAGCCCGCCCCAGUUUUGAGCCUGUUCCGGGAUCAUCUGUUACGUCCAGCGCUUCGGGCUCCGCGGAUGAUUUGACUCCUCAGCAACUUGCCAGGCUGUUGAGUCAUUUGCUGAGCGAUCCACCCCCUGACAGUCCCAUAUUGGACCCCGUACAGCGAGUCAAGCUCAUUUCGGCAGCGCAGGUGAAAUUCGGCCAGGAAACAAUAGGGCCCAUCCUACGAAGCAUCUUUCCAAAGUUAAGCCUUUCGCCCGGUACCUCACUCGUAGAGGCACUUUGUCAACUAGGUCCAGGACUGACAAGUGAUCCUGACACUGUGUUGGCGCUUCUACAGCGUUUUGGAUUGUCAGCGUCAUCUCCUCCUCAUGAAAAUCAGGUAGUUCAAAUCUUGUCGACACUGGCCCGUUAUUCUGCUGAAGGCACACCAUUGUGUGAUGUUGCAUCUCUCAUAAUGGCGAUUUGCAGCAUGUCGGGCUCCAUAGACUGGUGUAACGUUCUUUUAUAUGCCUUUGACCACCCAGGACGGCCGAGAAUCGAUACUGCCACUUUGAAGCUUCUCGCUGCAAUCUUCCGAAACACUCCUAGGGACAGUGCCACGCAUUCCAUUUGCGCAUUUUGGAAGGCUUGGAGAAACACUCUUUACCAGCUUCGCCUCCUUGAUGCUCUCCUUUCACUCCCAAAUGAUACAUUCAAUUUAGUCAGUUUGCCUGGAAGGCGUAUUGUCACUGUCGAUGAUGUUGCUGGAGCAAGUUCCACCAUCAAAGCUCUUGUUGCGAAUGUGCAAGGCCAUACCUGGAACUCCUUAGAUCUUAUCGAAACUUUGGUGAGACUCGGAGAUUCCGAUGCCCCAAAUGUGGUUCAAUACGUCGGAAAAAUGCUUAACAACGCAGUUAAGAUCAGUGCAGAGCUGGUUUACAUGGGCCUCCUACAAGUUGCGAGACCCUGGGGCCCAACGCAGCAAGAGUAUUCCACCAAGCUGCUUAACAUGUUUUUGGCUGGGCACCCGAAUCAUCAGCUCGUCUUCAUGCGCAUCUGGCAAAUUGACUCCGCGUAUUUGACUUGGGCAUUCAGUUGUUCCUAUGCAGAAAGCCCGGCGAACAUCACCCGGAUACUAGAUGUGGCGCAGGAUUCGAAGAUCCUCGAUUCUCUACUGGACGUCUCCACUUUCGUCUUUGCCCUGGAUGUUGCUGCCCUUGCAUCUCGACGGGGGUAUCUCAAUCUUGACAAGUGGCUGUCUGAUCAUGCUACUACAUAUGGUGAAAUGUUCAUCCACGCAGUGCUGGAGUUUUUGGACGUCAAAAUCAACAGCGAACUUGAACGGCAGGACCCUGGAGUUAAACACCAAACCGUGCCCCUCAACCCCCAGACUAUCACUAUAUUUAUCUGUAUGCUGCGUAACAGCAACAUGUCUCCGACCGAUGCAAUAUACUUUACUGAUAUUCAAAAUCUCAGCUACCGGCUUCAUCCCAGACUUAUGAACUUGAACCCAGGUUCUGAUGGGGAGCCUGGGCUCACCUUUGUCACUUUUUCUCCGGAGAUUGAAACUGAAGUUGAGACGAUCUAUCGGAGAAUGUAUGAUGGUAACAUCUCCGUCGGUGUGGUCAUUGACAUGCUGCGCGAGUCAAAAAAUUCUACUAAUCCAAGGGAAAACGAGAUUUUUGCCUGUACGCUUCAUUCGUUAUUUGACGAGUACAAGUUCUUCCGAUCGUCUUAUCCUGCCCAGGAGCUCGUACUGACUGGGCAUCUCUUCGGGUCGAUUAUUCAAUUCCGUCUCAUUGAUUCCAUCCCUCUCGGCAUCGCAUUGAGAUAUGUUCUUGAUGCAGUCCGGAGCCCGCCCGGCUUCAAUCUCUUCAUGUUUGGCAUCGAAGCCCUUAUUCGCUUCGAGUCCAGAUUACCUGAAUGGCCCCCUCUUUGCAAUGCACUUCUCCAGAUACCUCACUUUCAAUUGACUAGCCCAGCGAUAGCUGAAAGAGUACGUCAUGCUUUUACUAUCGCUAAAAUUGGGUCUGGGGAAGUGAGCAAUAAUACAGGCGAAAAGGCUUAUGUGGAGCCAUUGGAGGGUAUGGAGGACCUAUCUAGGAGCGGGAUGGCGGAGCAGCAUGCUCAGGCUCGUCAUAUGGAGCCGAUGAGGCAGGCGCAAACACAGGCACACACUCAAGACUGGCCGUCCCUGGGCCAACAUGCACCUAAUGCGACGCAGGAGAUGAACGCAAUGACUGCGCACAAGUUGCUCUGCGCAGAGCUUGCGAAGAUACAAUCACCUAAUCUUGAGGGAAAAAUCGAUUACGAUCAUAGGCGGCGCAAGGGUCGAGGUAGCUUUGGGGAUGUCUACAUGGGGAAAUAUGUAGGGACUGCUGCCGAUGUUGUCUGCGUGAAAGAGCUUAGCACAGCAGUGAAUCUGGUGGAGUUAGGUCCAUGGGAAAGGUUUCUUAGAUUGCUGAAGCGCGAGGUAAAGAUAUGGCAUGGUCUGGAACACCGAAACGUGGUCAAGUUUAUUGGUUGGACAUCGAGGGCCUUCGAAGACACUCUGACUGUGUGCUUGAUAUCGACUUGGUGUAGUGAUGGGAAUGUCAAAGAAUAUCUUGCGAAACACCCAGAAGCGGAUCGUCAAGGCUUGGUGAGUUUGAUGGCUCUCAGGGAUAUGUUUGAAAGCAUGUUGGUCAGGGAUUGGUCUACUUGCACUCCCGGCGUGUCAUCCACGGCGAUAUCAAACCCGCAAAUAUUGUUGUAUCAACGGAAGCCAAUGCCAUUGCACGUCUGUGUGAUUUUGGCUUAUCCUCAAUUCUGAACGACACUGUGACAACACGUGCACAGGCAUCAACCAUCUGUGGCACUCUUCGAUACACAUCACCUGAAUUAUUUAGCGGCAUUUCCAUCCAACGGAAUGAACCGAGUGAUAUCUGGGCAUUUGGAUGUACGGCAACUGAGAUCCUCACCAAUCAACCUCCCUUUAAUUGGAUAGAGCAAGAUAUCCGAAUACCCUCUGUUAUUGAUGGGCAACUUCCAUAUGAUGGGGUGGUUUUAAGUAGUUUUGGGAUGCUUCUCUCCCUUUGUUUUGAACGUGAACCAGACAAGCGACCAAGGAUUCAUGAGCUUUGUUUGCAUUUAAGGCAGGUGUGAGGCCACAGAUUGUUC